AUGUAAUUUGAACUUCAAGAUUUUACUUGUUAAACAACAGAAUCAAUAACUGGAUCUGGGGGAUUCCUCUAUAUAAAAGAAGCCAUUUACAGCAAUAUUACUAACUUAUAAUUAUACGAUUCAUAUUCAGCUUAAAGUGGCUCAUAAAUUUACACUCAAAAGUAGGGAUUAUAAUUUAUGUUAUCUAAUUCUGGUUUCUAUUAGAUUUUAAAUAAAGCUCUGGAUUAAUACCCUUAUGAUAGUUAAAUUAAAAAUUAUGGAGGUAUCACACUCUUAAAUACUAUAUCAACAACUUUAAACUAAAAUUAAUUCGAGGGCAAUUCUAUUUCAAAAACAGGUGGAGCAAUAUAUGUAUAUGGAGGAUAUUUAUCAAUUUUUGGAUGCUCCUUUUAAGAUAUGUACGCAUUUUAUGGAGCUGCAAUGUUUUUGGAUAGUAUAUAAGACGUAGUGAUUGAAGGCUAAGUUAUUUAGACCAGUCUAGCUAAAUAUUAAGGAGGUGGAAUGUUUAUUAAGAAUCCAAAAGGAGAUAUCUAAAUCUUAGACUCAGUUUUUAAUAAGGUAGUAGCAGAAAAUGAGGGAGGAUGUGUUUACUACUUAGUAGAAGAUUAAUCUGACACUUAAGUUUUGGAUUUUUUUGGAAUAUAGAUAACUAUUAUUGGUCCUCUUAAAACUCUUGAGUUCAGGAAUGUUAAUAUAACCAAGGUUAAAGCUAUCAACGCUAGCUCUGUUUUAGUAUCAAGUUUACGAACUAAUGUAUAUUUCUCGUCAUGCUAACUGAUCUAAUCAUAUGGCUAAGCUAUCAACUCAAUUUUUAUUAAGCUUGCAAAUAUGGUCGAGAUAAACAACUUUAAUGUGGCCAGUUUAUACUCAAGGUCUCAUUCUAGUUUCUUGUACGUAGACAAUAGUGAAACUGUGUUUAUACCAAUAUCUGAUUCUAAAAUUGGUCCCUCAUUUGAUUUUGAAGCAAUAGGAUAUUUGUUUUACUCAGACAGAGAUAUAAUGACACCAAUAAUUGUGAAAUCUGCAAAGUAGUUUUUCAUUGAAAAUAUGUUCAUGAUGUGUUAAAUGGAGAGAUUGACCACUCCUAGGACUUAAGCUUUAAUAAUAUUUCAGCCUUAACUCCAUAAUGAAUGGAGUGGAGCUUAAUAUGCUAUCUUUGCUGAUAUCAAUUCCUUUUACAAAAAUUGCGAAGGAUUGAAUGGAGGAAUCUAUAGUUUAUAAUAUCAUAAAGCCUAUCUCUUUAAUAAUACAGUGAUUGGCCUUGUCUCUAUGGGAGGAGACUAGCCUAAUGGAGGAAUAUUUAGUUUACUUGGAGAUGAUUUCUACUUUAACGAUUAUAGGUCAGUCACUAUAAGAAAUUCUACAUUUGAAAAUAUAGAAAUGAUAGUUGGUACUGGAGGUUUUAUAUAUCAAAAUGACAAAAAUUUGUUAUUCAUCAAAGUUGAAUCUGUUACUGUGAGAAAAGUUAGAGCUGAUUAUCAUGCAGUUUUCAAUAUGCUAGGACUUUUUAUUGGUAGCCUAUACAUUUAUUCUCUUCCAGAAUUUCAGAGGACAGAAUUUUCAGAUUUCUUUGCUAAAGGAUCAACUCAGCUUUUAUACAUCUAGGGAAAUAUAAGGUCUGGAUAUAACAAUGUUAAAAUUAAAGAUACUACAGUCGACUGUCAAAACAAAGAUAUUACAAUCUUAAUGGGCCCACCAAAUUUUUCGGAAUAUGAUGAAGGAGUUAUACGAUAUGAAGGGGCUGCGGGUUUGUAAACUGAGAACUGCAUAUUUAGAAAUUGUAGGCAAUCAUAUCAAGGAGCUUUUAUCAAAAUUGGUUCAUACAAAUACAAAGAUAAAGGAUCUCAAUUUUAUAAUUUAACUGGUACAUAUGGCUCAAUAGUUUCAUGCACAGGGUGUAAUUUAAUAAUGCAAGAUACAAUCAUUCAUGAUUCUUAUUCGACAUAAUCUGGUGGAGCACUUUAUUUUACUUAUAAUAGCAAAGCGAAAAUGUAUGGUGGAUUCCUCUUUAAUGAACAGUAGAGCUACUUUGAUUUUUCAGUGAUAACAAUUUAAAAUUCAAAAGCCAUAUCAAACAUAUAAUCUCAAUAAGGAGGCUUUGCUUAUAUUAAUAAUCCACAAACAGAUAUUACUCUUUUAAAUGUUGAGUUAUCAAAUAUAACAUCUAUAGACUAAGGAGGAAUCUUUUAUGUCGAUCUACCAUAAUUUGCGAUAAAGAUUAUAAUUAAGAUUCUGAAAUUAAGCAACUAUCUGGUUGGUAGUAUUAAAGUACAAAUAAAGGGCAGUUUCAGUUGUAAAAUGUUGUAAGCAUUGCUUUGA